AUGGAUUCGAUCACUGCUUCAAAAACAAGACUGGAAUUUGCCAGAAUUUGUAUCGAAAUUGGUGCUACUGAUAUUUUCCCCAAACACGUUGAUGUAAUUCUCAAAGAUGGGGGAGCAAUUUAUGUUUCUGUUGAUGUUCCUUGGCUACCACCUAACUAUAGAAAUUAUGGAGUUUUUGGCCAUAUAGAGAAAAACUGCUUCGAAAAAUUAGAUACAGCACCGGUUGCAACAAAAGUUUGGAUAAAAAAGAGAACAUUAAAUGAAAAAUCAGAGGCACCAGCAUCAGGAAAUGAAACUUUGCCAGAACAGGAGAAAGUAGUUCUUAAGCUUCCAGUACUGCGAAACACAAACGAAGGUGGGCUAGAACGUGAUCCAGUGUUCACUGGAACUAAUUCAGUUCACGUUGCUACUGUUGCUGAGCAAAAUCAUAUCGACAGAGUGCUGGAAAACAUAAAUGUAAUUGUGAUAAGAAGUGGUCCAGUGCUCAUUGAAACAAAUUCAGUUCAUGUAGCCUCUGUAGCGAAGGGAAAUCACAACGAUGCAGGCCAAACAUUUCCAGAACUUGAGGACUUACAAGCAGAACACUCAUCUGCCCUUAAAGAUUCUGAUUGUGAGGAUGAGUCGAUUGCUCCUGAACAAUCAUACAAAACUGAUGCCUGCAAAGAAACACAACCAUCAUCCAAUUCUACACAUGGAAGAAGCAGACCAGUAAAGGACCACUCAAAAGCUAUCCUAGCUGGAUCAAGAAAUAAAUUUGACAUCCUUAAUUCAAUUGAAGAGAAUUCAUCCGUCCUAGAGGGUCAAGCCAGGAAAGUUCGUACUGAAUCUUUAGGUGUUGCUAGUCUGCUCAAUGAUCUUAAAAAGAAAAAGAAAUAUCACUUAGAUAAAGCAAUCAGUUCAAGAACAGGAGGUAAUGGGGGUGCUUCAAACUCUCCUACCUAA